AUGGGCCACGACAAUGAUGGAGUUGUGGAAAGGCAACUUGAGGCUCCUAUGCCAUGGAUAGGCAUGUAUGUUGCAGCAGCCUCUCUAGUCUGCUCUCUGGCAAUGGCAGCCGACGUGUUCCAUGGAUUCCGAACCAAGAAGUUAUGGUUCCCAUCGAAGUAUUUCGCGAUCAAUGCUACUUCUUUGUCAUUAUUAGCAGUGGCAAUGAAGCUGCCCGUUGAUCUUUCGACUCGUAUGUGGGCUGGUGCUGAUAGGCUUGCAAAGGUCACUAGCCUAAUUUUCCUGUCAACUGCUAUGGGAAACUUCAUGACAUCUUUGGGAUCCAUGAAUGAUAAAGAGAUUCUGCUAAAUGUAAUUGCUUUAGCCAUGCUUGCUAUCACAGUCGUUGUUAAUGUCUGUAUCCAAAUCAUCCAAAUGAGGCAUUUUCUGGACCAUCGAGAAAUGUUGGUCGAGGAAAUUAUAGCUAAUUUGUCCAUCCUCUUUUUGCUUGUUAUGUUAUCUGCUUCAGCUGUAAUUGUCCCGACGACCAAACAAUAUCUCGAAUUGAAGUACCAAGAAAUGGUGAAAAAGGCUUCAGAGGAAGAACUCGAGCAGCCUGUCGACUUUGAGAAACUCUCAACGGACAAACUGCGACAAAUGAUCAAGAAAUGCUGGGUGAUGGCAGAAACUAGUAGCCCUCAAUUCGUGAUUGUACGUUCUGUGACCUGUUCGACUUCUAGCGUCAUUUGUCUGGUGAUUGCUUUCAUUUUCGCAGAAGCUCAGGCUCACACGGCCGCAAAGCAUAAAUCAUUCAUCGAAACAGCUUCUAGCUAUGCUUGGUCGACAACUUGGAUAGAACUUGCACAAUCUGCUGGAGUGAUUUUGGGUACAAUUGCCCAUGCAUUCAGAUGGUUGACUGCAAGAUGGAUGAAUGAAUUAUCUUCGAUCAAUUGUGAUCAAUAG